GUCUUCAGUAUUACAUCAAAACGGCAGAGCCUUAACCUGAACACUUCAGCUAUUUUGUCGUACAGAUUUUUUAUUGCCAUUAAAGGUUGCAUGAAUCUCAUUUACCUUCAAAAUGUUGGCAAACAUUAUGAAAGAUCAAAUGGAAAUAAUAAAAACAAGAGUUUGUGUGAUCGGAGCUGGUGCGGCUGGAUUAUGUGCUGCUAGACAUUUAGCACAAAACUCAAAACAAUUUAUUUUUCAAGUCUUUGAGAAAGCGUCGGAUGUUGGAGGUACGUGGGUUUAUACGGAUAAAAUUGGUUUUGAGAACAAUGGUCUUCCCAUUCACACUAGCAUGUAUAAAAACCUCAGGACUAAUUUGCCAAAAGAAAUUAUGCAUUUCCCGGAUUUUCAAGAAAUUAAAGGAAAUAAUGAAAGCUGCGUACCUCAUGACGUUAUUUUGGAUUACCUAAAAAAUUAUACAGAACACUUUAAACUACGUGAAUUUAUACAAUUUAAUACAGAAGUACUAUUUAUUACACCAAAAAUAUUUACAAAUGAUUUUCUAUUGCAAAAUUGGAAAGUAAAAGUGAAAAAUCUUAUAUCUUCAGAAUUGAAGGAAUAUAUAUUUGAUGCAGUAAUGAUUUGCAACGGGCAUUAUUUUGAUCCAAUCAUUCCACAUAUUUCCGGCAUAAAUAAUUUUUGUGGGCAAGUACUUCAUAGUCAUAAUUACAGGUAUCCAGAAAAUUAUACGGAUCAAACAGUAAUUAUACUAGGAGCAUCAAGUUCUGGCAUUGAUAUUGCAUUUGAUUUAUCCGAAAAAUCAUCUCGUAUUUUCUUAAGUCACAAUAUGAAUAGGUUAUUAAAUUUAAAUGAUGAUUCUUCAAAAAUUACGGAAGUUGUUGGCAUUGAUAAAUUCGAGAAUGAAAAAUUUGUUUUGAAAGAUGGUUCGACUGUGAAAGCAGAUAUUCUCAUAUAUUGCACAGGUUAUCAUUACAAGUAUGCAUUUAUGGAUAAAAAUUGCAAAAUUAAAGUCGAUGAAAAUUAUGUUACACCGCUUUAUAAACAUUUGAUCAACAUUGAACAUCCAACAAUGUGUUUCAUUGGCAUUCCCACACACGUUAUUCCUUUUCCAAUGUUUCACAUGCAGGUGCAGUAUUUUCUAUCUCUCCUGAAAGGUAAAGCUCAGCUACCCAAUAUGUCAAAGAUGCUGGAUGACUCAAAGUUAAAAUCGUUUAAGAAAAAUCACGCGCACAAAUUAGGAUUUGAUCAGUGGGCAUAUAAUGACUAUUUGGCAAAAGCUGGUGGCUUUGAAAAUCUUCCUGCAUUUUAUAAAUUAGGUUUUAAAAUCUGGUCUGAACACAGAAAACGAAACAUCGAUCACUACAAACAUUUCAAUCUUGUUCCAUCAGAUGACUAUGAAUUAUUCAGAAUCGUUGAUAAUCAACAAACUAGCAGUUAUUGAUUCGUUAACAUUUAAAAAUCUUAAUAAAAUUAUAAUUAAAAUUAUUUUCCAAUAAAUAAUAUUUAACCGCUUAACAAUUUCAAUUCGGUUACUUUAACAUACCAAAAGUUUUCUACACACGCAUUUAUGGUGACGCAUGAAUCAGCAAGUCAAUAUUUUUUAAAUUGCAGAUAAAUUGUAAAUUUAUUUUAAAUAAAAGAUUUUUCGGAACUCAAAUACUUUGAAAUGUAUUCAAUGACAAUCAGGCGGAACAUAAUGGCAGUGAUAAGACAAAUUAAUUCAGUUAGUU